AUGAUUGUUAUUAAAGGCUUGGAUUUCGAUAGGAAGAAAAGUGCGAAAUUGGCCAAGUAUGUAAUUGUCGGUGUUGUUUUAUUUAGUAUUCUGUUGUCAUGGCAUGAAAUACUCUACCAUUAUCUGGUUGAUGAUCCAUCACAGGCUCCGGGUCACUAUUGGUGCGUUGCAGAAUACAAAGAAAAAUGGAUCGAAGUCUAUGAACAAACAACAAAUAUAAUCAAUAUGAUUGCACCAUUCUUGAUUAAUUUGGUUACAACAAUUAUCUUGUUGAUCACUGUUGUUCGUCGUAAAGUCACAUCACUAACAAAUGACAAGAAUAAAGAUGCGUUUCAACUAUUGAAAGAACAUUUGUCGUUGUACAAAGCUUUCAUCAUAAGUCCAUUCCUCAUCAUUGUACUUGAACUACCACGUCUUGUUCUGUUAUUUUCUCUUGCUUGUAUUCAAUUUGAAUGGCAAAAGCAUUUGUAUCUAUCAAGUUAUCUUAUCUCACAGUUACCAUUCGUGCUGACAUUGCUCAUAUUUGUGGUGACAAAACGAUCCUAUCGACAAGAACUGAUGAAAUUGUCAAUGAAAAUACAAACAAGAUUUACAUCAAUCGAUGCAACAAGAAUGUAA